UUUUGACUACGAAACCACCAUGGCCCAGAAUACAAGCCCUCAGCCCCCAAUAUUGCAGAAAAACACCGGAAGGCCUCGUGGAAAGUACACGACCAAAGCAUGCGAAGAAUGCAGACGCAGGCGAGCUAAGUGUGACGGCAAAAAGCCAUCCUGCUCGAGGUGCCUCCAGUGGCAGAUUUCAUGCGCAUACUCAGACGCAGAUACUAGCCGGAAACCGGCAUCGAAGAAGUAUGUGCUUGAGUUACGGCAGAGGAUUGAAUCACUAGAACAACUUCUAAAGAAGCAUGGGAUCGAUCCUCAAGAAUCGACAGAGCCCAAGUGGUGGUCAUCGUCCUCCUUGUCUGGUCCGACGGGAGGUGAAGCAAGAGACCCUACAGUCGAGGAACUAACGGAGAGUUGGGGAAAGCUUGCGCUUGAUGAGUCUCUUAAUUUCGACCGAGAUGGCGAAAUGAGAUACUUCGGGCGAACAAGCGGAAGGCUGGAGUUUCCGCCUUCGUCCGAUACUCUGCAGACAGAAGUCUCUGCUUCGAUCGUUGCUCCGGUCGCUGCUCUGGACUGGGAAUCAGAAAGUGUUUAUCACCUCUAUGACCGCGUGGUGAUCGAGGUCGGAGUUUCAAAGUCCAUACAAGAGGAACUACUCAACCUCUACUUUACCUGGGAGAACCCGUGGUUUGCGGUUGUCGAUGAAAUGCUCUAUUACGAAGGCAUCAACUCUGGCAGUCAGUACUGCAGUCCAUUGCUUCACUAUUGCAUCCUGGCUGUCGGCUCGCUGUACUCGCAUAAAAUCGACGUUCGAUCCGACCCAAAUGAUCCCAAGACAGCAGGUGACAUAUUCGUGGCCAAGGCGAAGGGCUAUUUGUACAAAAGCAUAGAAAGCCCCAGUCUGACAACAGUUCAAGCAGUGACUAUCAUUGGGACAUAUUAUAUUGCAAUAGGAGGCGAUGCGUCAUGCUGGCUACACCAUGGAAUGGCAAACCGGCUUGUCCUGGAUUUGGGACUAAACCUUGAUCCUGCGGGAUUUGAAGAGACCAAGACGCUAUCUCAUCGGGAGAUUCAGCUUCGGCGACAAAUAUAUUGGGCUCUAUACUGUCAUGACAAGUGGUCGUCGUCGUAUACGGGCAGAGUUUGCUCGAUGCUGGAUUCGCAAGGCGCUGUCAGGGUACCGGAAGAUGAUGAGAAUGAAGAAUCAUCACCCGCGGAAACUUCAACCCAACGAGCAUUUCGACCGCUACAAAGGGCUAUGGCUGGUAUUUGCCUGAUUCAGGAGAAGAUGAUACUCUCAUUAUGGGCACCUAAGCCCCUUCUGAAUGCAAAGCAGCGCCCGGCAUUUCUAAAAUCAUGUCUCCUAGACUUGCGAUCAUGGCUUUAUGACCUGCCCACGGAACUGAGGAUUGAUCGUCCCAACAGCAUCCCUCAGGCUUACACUCUGCAUAUGAUCUACUAUACCGCCAGAAUCCUCCUAGCAGAGCCAUACAGCAAAACACCACAAUCAAAAGAAGAUGAUUCACAAACACCGAACGAAACCGCCAACCUAGCCCUGGAUGUCUGCCGAGAGUCCGCACGCGCAAUAUGCCUGGUAGCUCAGAAGUAUCGACAGAUCUUUGGUAGUUUCGAGCGCAGCCCUAUUUCAGCAACACAUUGCACUCUGUCCGCGGCUCUGGUCCUUCUGCGUGAGACUGAGAUGCUCAGCACUGCUUCUCAUAAGGCGAAGCUGAAUAUUUGCGUUACAGUGCUGGAUGAGCUAUCCAAAACAUGGCAUCCGGCACGAGCGAUUGGCAGGAGCGUUCGGAAGCUCUGUUUCAUGGCGACCUCUGAUGUGAUUUUUGCUUCUGAGGAUAACUAUGAAAUAGCAUUGGAUCAAGAGUUCCCGGAUAUAUUUGCGGAAAUCGAGUCGUCGUUACAGUUCGAGCAACAGACCUCAGAUUUGAACGAAGAUCCUUCCAUUUUGGACAUCUUGCCGUUCAAUUAUGAGUUCUUUGACAUGAUGAAUCAGGUGGUGUGGGAUCAGAUUUGAGAGGGUUCGGAACUUCGGUUCAUGAAGGGAAGUAAUGUUACAAUAUAUCGUCAUGUUUAUUAUAUCUAGAAAAUCAACCAAGCACCUCUCCAU